AUGGUCAAAGCCGAGAUCCUUGGCUAUCUGUGUCUGGUCUUUCUAAGCAGAUUCCUUUUGACUCUGAUGUGCCACGUCAUCUGGUGUUUCUAUCGAAAUCUGGCGAUCAUCAAAUCAUACCUCGUCUUUCCAGGAGUCAAAUACUUGAAGAAUCUGGCUGUGUGCAUCAUCCGCAACUGUCUCUACCAGUAUCGCAACGAGUCUGCCGCUUUCCGUGCACUCUGUCUUCUCAUGGACCUGGGAUCUUAUGACCGAUCCAUUCACCCUUGCCUCCUGAAUUUGAUCGGCACCGCCGUUCGGGAUUGGGUCGUCAGUACCGAAGGCAGCCGUCGCGAAUUGACCACAUUUCUAGCCGGCUGUACGCUCACCCCAACGACUAUCUUCCUCAGAUAUUGCACUCAGUCCCUGAUCAUCAGUAUUCAAGGAUGGUUCUAUGUCUAUGUCGAGCUCUACCGCGACUGCCACGGCAACGUGACGGUGAUUCUGGCCGAAGUUCUCCUUGUAAAAAUCGUCAUCAUCCAAGAGCGUUUCGUACCAGCAUUCGACUUCGAAAACUCGCUCUCGCCUUACGACGAAUACCCAUCAGUCCCACUGGAGAUCGAGGAUCUUGAAACAGAUUCAGAAUCAGACCACCAAUCGAGUUGGUCGCUCUCCAAUGGCACACAUUCUUUUUACCGCCGUGGCUCACUGUCAACUAUCGAGGAAGUCGACGAGGAUAUGAGUGAGACUCAAUCGACCACGGACCAGGACAACGAACAAGGACUCCAAUUGGUUCCGUAUCAUGCCUCCAACUUUGCCGGUCUCGAAUACGAGGAGUUCGACAACGACAGUGACAGUGACAGUGGGUCCGAAUACUCCGAUUUCAGCUGGGACACCAAAGAGGUUGACGACGAUACCUACAGCCAGUCCGAGUACUCCGACAAUGAAUCCGCCUGGGAGUCCGAGUCCGCCUACAGUGACGACGAGGCGUCCAUCGACUAUUCAAACUAUGCACGCUCCCUUCGCGAGUAUCAAACCGAAAUUCGUGGUGCUGUCCAAGUCCAAAUCCAAGUCCUCGGUAAACGUCGAUACGAUGCAGCAUUUGAAGAUGAGGUCUCGGAAGAGAUGUUGGCCUGGCUCAACGAAACAUACUAA